AUUUUUCGCAGCGAUGUCAUCAGGCGUGGCUCGGAAUCUGCAGCAUGUCCGCCAGCGCAUCUCGGACGUGCUGGCGGUGAGCCCAUGGAAGCAACAGUGCACGUUGGUCGCGGUGAGCAAGACCAAACCUGUGGCGGACAUCGAAGUCGCGUACGGGUUGGACCAGCGGCACUUUGGGGAAAACUACAUCCAGGAACUGGUGGAGAAAGCCCCCGUGUGUCCAUCGGACAUCCAGUGGCACUUUAUCGGACACCUCCAGAGCAACAAGGUGAAGACACUCGUUGCGGGCGUGCCCAACCUGUACAUGGUCGAGAGCGUCGACUCGAUCAAGGUCGCGUCCAAGCUCGACAAAGCAUGGGGCGAGCGGCAGUCGGGUCACCCCCUGCGCGUGAUGGUGCAGGUCAAUACGUCCGGCGAAGUGCAAAAGAGCGGCGUGGCGCCGGCAGACUGCGUCCAACUGGCGGCCCAUAUCCACGGCAGUUGCGCGAACUUGACGCUCUCCGGUCUCAUGACCAUUGGCCGCUUCGACGACGACACGUCCGACUGCUUCGACUCGCUCGUGGCGUGCCGCUCCCGCGUGUCUAGCGCACUCGGAGUAGACGAAACCAACUUGGCCUUGAGCAUGGGCAUGUCGGGCGAUUUUGAACUGGCGAUUGCCCGUGGAAGCAACUAUGUCCGCGUGGGGUCCAAUAUAUUUGGCGCCCGCAACUAUGCGACGUAGGUAUUAACCUCAUGCGAAAAUAUCACCGUUGCUUUUGGUUGCUAUCUACUAUUAAUAGUAUUGAUAUUGGACAAAUUAAAUCAGCUAUUGUUCCGC